CUUCGUUUGUCGAUAAUUGAGUACCAGCAAACAAUCAUGGCGGCUGACAACAACACCACCGGCUUUGCCAGCUAUCUAAACUUCAUUUUCCCACAACCAUGUUAUGAUGAGUAUUUUGUAAAGUUUAACUUCUUUCACGCUCAGUGUUUCAAUGUCGUCCUGAGUAAAGCUUUAGGUUAUGGCAUCAUCUUAGGAGCCGUUCUGGUGAAAUUUCCUCAGAUUUUGAAGAUUCUGCAGGCUGGGAGUGGGAAGGGGAUCAACCUAGUGGCUGUCCUAUGUGAGCUGUUUGCCAUCUCUGCCACAACUACCUAUGGCUUUGCCAUGAGCUUCCCAUUCAGUUCCUAUGGUGAGGGUUUAUUCCUGACCAUUCAAACAAGUCUGAUAGCCUUCCUCAUUCUCUUCUUUGGCAACAAGGUGGUAGGAGCCUUACUGUUCAUCAUUUCCUACAUAGGAAUUAUGGGAUACCUCUUGUCUGGGCUGUGCCCAAUUUCCAUUUUAGGGGCUUUACAAAGUAUCAAUAUACCAAUAGUUAUACUUAGCAAGAUGAUACAAGCUGUGACAAAUUACCGCAAUGGAGGGACUGGGCAGCUCUCUGUUGUCACAGUGUUCCUGCUGUUUGCAGGAUCCCUGGCACGCAUCUUCACCUCCAUACAGGAAACUGGCGAUAACCUUAUCAUUGUCACAUUCAUUGUCUCUACAGUGUUCAAUGGCCUCAUCUUCGCUCAGAUUCUGUACUACUGGAAUGUCAAACCGAAGACAGAAUAAACCUGCAAGGCAGGGGCAUUCUCAGAGAACCGGUACCUGACAACAUCAUUAUGUACCACAAACUAUAUUACUAUAUACUAUCAUGUUUAGAAUUGCUAAGAGGAUAUUUAUAGCUCAUUUAAGGGAGAUGCAUUUUAUACACAUUUGAUUAAUUCAUCUUUACAAUAAAGAUGUUUUUGUCUUAUAACAUAAAAAUGAUUGAUUCAUUGAUUGAUUACAGUUUUUCACCCUUUUGGAAUGUGAAAAUGAAGAGGUUUUUAAUUUUAUUAAAAGGGAGACACUUUUUGUACAUGAUUGAUUAAUAUAUUCUACCUAAUUUCAAAAUUUCUUUUUAAUAUUUGUUAUGCAUUUAAUGAAUUUAAAUGAAGAAUCAAAUUCUGGUGUU